AUGGAUGUCUUGGAUGAACAUGAUAUAUUUAACAAAACUCUAGCUUUAACUACUAAUAAUGCAUUUUCAAUGAUUUUGUGUAGUGCACUUAUAGCAGAAGAACUUGAGAAAAAUUUUAAUAAUUUCAGUUUUUCUUAUUAUAGAUGUGCAGUCCAUGUGUUGAACUUGGCA